ACUGCUGAAGGCCAGAAUUCUAAGGAAAAAUUUCAAUGUAUUCGCUAUGGAAAGAGUUUUUUCCGAGUAAGUACCUUAAAACAGCACCAGCAUGUUCAUUCUGGUGAAAAACCAUACCCCUGUCAUCUUUGUGGAAAGAGGUUUAGCCACAGACGUACCUUAACAGCCCACCAGCGUGUUCAUUCUGGUGAAAAACCGUAUACGUGUAGUCAAUGUGGAAAGAAGUUUUUCUAUAAAAGUACCUUAAAUAAGCACCAGGUUGUUCAUUCUCAUGAAAAGCCAUUUGAAUGUGAUAAAUGUCCAAAGAGUUUCUCUUGUGCAGGUGCCCUUAAAGCGCACCAGGUUGUUCAUUCUUGUGAAAAACCGUUCGGAUGUGAUAAAUGUCCAAAGAGUUUCUCUCGUGCAGGUACCCUAAAAGCACACCAGAUUGUUCAUUCUUGUGAAAAACCGUUUGGAUGUGAUAAAUGUCCAAAGAGUUUCUCUCGUACAGGUGACUUAAAAAAGCACCACCGUGUUCAUUCUGGUGAAAAACCAUACAUGUGUCAUCUUUGUGGAAAGCGGUUUAGUGACAGAAGCCCCUUAAAAAAGCACCAGCGUGUUCAUUCUGGUGAAAAACCAUACACAUGUCAUCAUUGUGGAAAGAAGUUUAGGUACAGAAGUACCUUAAAAAAGCACCAGCGUGUUCAUUCUGGUGAAAAACCGUACAAAUGUAUGCAAUGUGGAAAGAGUUUUUCUGACAGUGGCAACUUAAGAAACCACCAGCUUUUUCAUUCUGGUGAGAAAUCAUACAAAUGUUGUCAGUGUGAAAAGAGUUUUUUCAAUCAGCGUGCCUUAAAAAAGCACCAGGUUGUUCAUUCUCGUGAAAAACUGUUUGGAUGUGAUAAAUGUCCAAAGAGUUUCUUCCGUGCAGAAUACUUAAAAAAGCACCAGGUUGUUCAUUCUUGUGAAAAACUGUUUGUAUGCAGCGAAUGUUCAAAGACUUUCUCCUGUGAAAGUACCUUAAAAUCACACCAGGUUGUUCAUUCUUGUGAAAAACCAUUCAGAUGUGAUAAAUGUCCAAGGAGUUUCUCCCGUGCACAAUACUUAAAAAAGCACCAGGUAGUUCAUUCUUGUGAAAAUGCAUUUGGAUGUGAUAAAUGUCCAAAGAGUUUCCCCAGGGGAAGUGACUUAAAAAACCACCAGGUUGUUCAUUCCAAUGAAAAACCGUUUGGAUGUGAUAAAUGUCCAAAGAGUUUCUCCAAUGCAGGUAACUUAAAAAGGCACCAGGUUGUUCAUGCUUGUGAAAAACCGUUUGGAUGUGAUAAAUGUCCAAAGAGUUUCUCUCGUGCAGAUAAUCUAAAACAGCACCAGGUUUUUCAUUCUCUUGAAAAACCAUUUGCGUGUGAUCAGUGUCCGAAGAGUUUCGCCCGUGCAGAUAUCUUAAAAAGGCACCAGGUUGUUCAUUCUUGUGAGAACCCACACUGAGAAAAGUUAUUUGUUAAAUCAAAAAGCAUUACUCAUGAAAAUCAAUGGCUUCUACUUUAAAAUUUUUAGCUUCACUUAAUAUGUCGCAGAGCAACACAAAAUUGUCAACUUAACACUGAACUCAGAGGAAUACAUACAAUGAAAGAACAACUGUGUGUUAUGUCCACAUUCAGUUGCCUUUGAGUAAACCCGACACAGUGUUUUAAGUGUCGUGCAUGGCAAACCAUGUGCUGUACUGUGUAAUUGUGCAAACACUUAAAGUAUCAAGUCAACUGAGUCAUCUUUGCUCAUCUGACCAAAAUGCACAUAACCACUGCUAAAGACAGUGAAUCUCACAAAGCUUUCAUGUGAAAGUGACAUUCCUUAGAAACAAAACAAUCUAAUUCAGUCUCCGCUACCUCUUGAUUUUUUGUGAGUGUAACCAUGUCGACUAAUUGUGUGAUACUGCAGUAGGAUAGCUAACAAUUAACUGUGAGCUCCAACAAUUUUCUUUUUUUGAGUAACAGCAGUCCUUCGAAUUUUUUAAAAUUUCCUCACUAGUUAUGUUGUUCCUAUGCCCUUGACCAACACUAAGAACUCCCUCCCUUCCCACUGGAGAUGUUCGUAGAGAUAGAGCUGGACAUGAGUUCACCCUUGGGACUAUUUUGAGGACUUGUCUGUCCCCACUGGGAUUUUCUCAGCAGGGAGUGAUGUAGUAUUCUCAGCCUGUUAAACUUGUUGUUGGUAUAAUAUAUCAUACAGAGAUGUUGUUGAUGUUUUAUAAAUGCUUCAUUACUUUGUUACUCAUAAAUGGUUAUGCAUUGCCAACUGAAUAGGCAUUACCAAUAAUGGCAUGAUGGUUUUUUAUGGUUUAUUUAUCAAAUAUAGAUUUAAAA